AUGGGCGACCCACUAUCCGUUACCGCUAGCGUGGCUGGCCUAUUGUCUCUCGGCUUACACAGUACAGAGUACCUUUACAAGUACUACACCGCGUGCCGAGAUCAACAUCAGGAUCUCGCCAAAAUUGCAGACCAACUCGGUAACCUCCUCGAAUCCGUCCAAGUUAUCGACGAGAUUGUGCGCAACCGCACCUGGCGGCCCAACGAGCAGUCAAUCCUACAAUGUAUUGAAAAUUCUAUCACUCAUAGUGAAGAGGCUAUAAAAGGGUUACAGCGUGAAGUCGACAAAUUCAAAAAUGAGCCCAAUAACGACUGGAAAAAGAAGGUAGUGUCCGUUGGGCGACGGGCGGCGUAUCCAUUCAAGAGGAGCACAUUAGAAGAUCUCGGCGACGAUGUGAGCGAGUUUCGUGGCAACUUGUCAAUCGCGCUACAGGCGCUUCAGCUGAAAGAGCAUCAGAAUACACAAGGCGACAUCGAGGAGGUCAACGCUAUCGUCAAGGACAUACAGGCACGAAGUGUCAGUGCCGAUCUGCGGCAGUGGCUGAGUGCACCUGAUGCAACAGUCAACUUCAAUGUCGCAGUUGCCAAACGACACGCGAGCACUGGGCAGUGGUUGGUCCAAGGUCCCGCCUAUACCACAUGGCUACAGCAGGGCAAUUCAUUUCUGUGGCUGUAUGGCUUCGCUGGCUGUGGAAAGUCCGUACUGUGCUCGACGGCGAUCCAGCACGCCUUUCGCCGCCGACAAUCGUCCGCCGACAGUGCGGCCGCCUUCUUCUUCUUCGACUUUAGAGACGAGUCGAAACAAGAUGCGUCUGCGGCGCUACGAGCAUUGCUAUUCCAGCUCUGUGGACAGAUUCCCGGUCUGGAGGCAGACUUGACCCGCCUGAAAAAUUCAUCUAAUCAUAGCACUCCACCGGUACAGGUCUUCCUGGAAUAUUUGCGACAAGGCGUGGCCCGGUGUCGCCACGUCUAUAUUCUACUUGAUGCCUUAGACGAGAGUCCUGCGGGCAACUCGCGCCUCGAAGUCCUAUCGCUGAUAGAGACCAUGCGACAAUGGCAGCUGCUGGGCUUGCACUUGUUAGUCACCAGUCGGGACGCCUCCGAUAUCCGAGCAUAUCUACAGUUUCCGGCACUCCCCGCGGGCGUAGAGCAUAUCGCGAUGAAAAACGACAGUGUCCAGGAAGAUAUCUCGCGAUUUGUGUCAUUUCAAGUUGACUACGACCGUGAACUUCAGCACUGGGGUGACCAUCGAAAGAAGAUCAAGAGCUAUCUGGUCUCGCAUGCGGAUGGAGUAUUUCGUUGGGUCGAAUGCCAACUUGAGCCGCUGCGGCAGUGUCCUCUAACUGAGUAUCAUCUAGAAGAGUGUCUGCGAGAACUGCCAGAGUCUCUUGACGAGACGUACGAGCGGAUGCUCUGUGGCAUCAAGUUCAAGAAGGACGCGCAACGAAUCCUGUCCCUCCUGUGUCAUGCAUCGCGGCCGUUGUCGAUCGAUGAGGUCAUUGAGGCUCUCGCUGUCGACAUUGACAACCGUGGGUGCUAUAAUCCAAGGAGGAGAAGCACUGGCGGUGCUGACCACCUCACUCGAAUUUGUCCUGGACUCAUUGAGAUCAGCCUGGAUACAUUGGGUACACAGGGAGUCCGGAUUGCUCAUUUCUCGGUCCAAGAGUUCCUACUCUCUGACCGCAUUCGAAAAGGUCGAGCGGCCGAUUUCGCUUUGUCAGGCCUAUCGCAGCAUGGGCGGAUCAGCAAAACUUGUCUACUGUAUCUCCAACACGAUGAAUUCUUGCAACAGAAUUUGAGUCCAGAUCUCGUGAGACAAUAUGCCUUUGCAAAAUAUGCUGCGGAGCAUUGGCACCACCAUUAUCGCCAAGCUGACGGCCAAUGUACCCGACAGUUGUCAGAGAUGGUUCGCAAUCUGUUGAUGACGCGCUGUACGAAAGAACGUUGGCUUCGGCUAGGCGAUCCAGAUACACCAUGGUCAACUGACGUGGAUUACUCCACAGUCGCUCAAAGUUAUCCUUCGGCAACAUACUAUGCUUCUCUUCUUGGCCAAGACGAAGUGUUGAUGUUUAUUCUAUCUAUAUCUACAGCAGAUGUCAACGUACAAGGAGGCCGUUAUGGUAACGCACUACAGGCGGCAUCAGCGCGUGGCCACGAGAAGGUAGUACAGAUACUGCUCGAGAAGGGUGCCGAUGUCAACGCACAAGGAGGCGAUUAUGGAGGCGAUUAUGGUAACGCACUACAGGCGGCAUCAGCGGGUAGCCACGAGAAGGUAGUACAGAUACUACUCGAGAAGGGUGCCGAUGUCAACGCACAAGGAGGCUAUUAUGGUAACGCACUACAGGCGGCAUCAGCGGGUGGCGACGAGAAGGUGGUAUAG